AUGGCUGAACAACAAGUAGUGGCUGAAGAACAAAGAACUUUAAGGGAACUUUCUGCACCAUAUCCAAAUCAACAACCGCUUUGUAUUCAACAUCCUGCCUUAGAGGUUGGUUUUGAAUUAAGGUCAGGUUUGAUUCAACUACUCCCAACAUUUCGUGGUCUUGAAAAUGAAGAUCCACAUAAGCACCUGAAGGAGUUCCACGUGGUGUGUUCGAGCUUCAAACCGCAAAGAGUGACGGAAGAUCAAAUUAAACUACGUGUUUUCCCAUUCUCAUUAGCCGAUAGAGCAAAGGAUUGGUUAUUUUACCUUCCUUCAGACUCAAUCAACACAUGGGCUGAAAUGGUAAGAUUAUUUCUUGAAAAGUUUUUUCCAGCAUCACGAGCUGCCAGCAUUAGAAGGGAAAUAUGUGGCAUCAAACAAAGAAACAUAAAGACUCUCCACGAGUACUGGGAACGUUUCAAGCAAUUGUGUGUAAGUUGCCCUCAACAUGGAGUUUCUGAACAGCUCCUCAUUCAAUACUUUUAUGAGGGAUUGCUUCCCAUGGAGAGAAAAAUGAUGGAUGCAGCUAGUGGAGGUGCUAUAGUGAACAAAACCCCUCGUGAAGCUAGAGAUUUGAUAUCCAUAAUGAUUCGCAACAAUUUGGAUUUAGCUCUAGGAGGUACACAUCAGGUAAAAGCUUGUGGGAUAUGUGCUGCUACUGGACAUCAAACAGAUAUGUGUCCGACACUUCAAUAUGAUUAUUAUGAGCAAGCUAAUGCAAUUGGAGGCUUUCCAGGACAACCACAAAGAAAUUAUGAUCCCUAUUCAAAUACAUACAACCCAGGAUGGAGGGAUCAUCCAAAUUUCAGCUACAAGCCACGUCCACAAUUUCCACAGUUUCAACCUAGACAACCCAUUCAAGAACAACCUUCAUCUUCACAACAACCAUCUUCUAAUUCAAGUAUGUCAUUGGAAGAUAUCGUUAAGUCACUUGCUAUCAACACACAACAAUUUCAGCGAGACACACAACAAUUUCAGCAACAAACACAACAAUUUCAGCAAGAAACAAGAACAAGUAUUCAACACUUGGAAAAUGAGAUGAGCCAGCUAGCAUCUACCGUGAGUAGAUUGGAGUCUCAAGGUAAGUUACCCUCACAAACUGUUGUAAACCCAAAGCAAAAUGUGAGUGCAAUUACCCUGAGAAGUGGAAAAGAGUUGGAAGAGCAUACUCAAGUGAGAAAAACACCCAACCGAGAUGAGGAAACUGAAAAAGAGGUCCAUCAAUCUCAAAAUGAUCAAAAGCAUGCCAAAGAACAUCCAAAGUCUCUGAUAAUUCCUCCUCCUUUUCCUAGUAGGUUGGCCAAAUCCAAGAACGCCGAAGAAGAAAAAGAAAUCCCUUGCAAAAUUGGAAAUGUUAAUGUUGAAAAAGCAAUGUUAGAUCUAGGAGCUUCAAUCAAUGUCAUGCCCUUAUCUGUUUAUUCAUCUUUAAAUGUUGACUCCUUAAAAGAAACUGGUGUAAUUGUUCAACUUGCUGAUAGAUCGAAUGUUUAUCCUGUGGGGGUUUUAGAAGAUAUUUUAGUACAAGUUGAUGGGUUAAUCUUUCCUGCUGAUUUUUAUGUGUUGGAUAUGGAAGAAGAUAUUCCCCCUAAUUCUUCAUUGAUCUUAUUAGGGAGGCCAUUUUUGAAAAGAUCUAAAACUAAAAUUGAUGUGCAUGAUGGUAUAUUGACAAUGGAGUUUGAUGGUGACAUUGUUAAAUUUGAUAUAUUUAAUACUACCAUGAAACAUCUGAAUGACAUGUCAUUUGUUUUUGUUGUGGAUAUUUUAUUGCAAGAAGAUUAUCAUUUGAUUGGUGGUAAUAAACCGAAUGUUGCGUUGAAUAGAAAUCCUAACUAUAAGGAUGUGUUAGGAAGAGAAUGGCGUCUAGCCAAAGACGGCCUCCGGAAAGCGGCUUUGUGCUUCAAUGAAGGGCUUUGUUGCUUGAUCUUCGUUGAAGGGCUUCCGGACUCAAAUUGGCUUGAUCUUCAGUUCGCUUCAACUUAG